AUGGCUUCAUGUUUGUCUGAGGAGCUGGCCUGCUCCAUUUGCCUGAGUUUGUUCACUGAGCCGGUGGUGCUUCUGUGUGGACACUCUUUCUGCAGAGAAUGCAUCAGUAAAUUUCUGUUCAACCAGCCCCAGUGUCCCACCUGCAGAGGCCCAGCGCAGGCCCAGGAUCUGAGGUCCAGCCAUGUGCUGAAGACACUGGUGGAGAAGGCUAAAGAGACGACCAAGCAGAAGCUGGAGUACCGCCUGGAUAAAGAGAGAGCUGAGUUUCUGUGCCUUGAACAUGACGAGAAGCUGAAGCUGUUCUGCAUCACGGACCAACAGCUGAUCUGUGUGAUCUGCAGAGACUCACACAAACAUGAUCGGCACCAGUUUAAACCUGUAAGUGAAGCCUCUGCUCUGGUGAAGACUGAGCUGCAAAAUCUGAUCUCAAAGAUCUCUACAGACACCGAGGCUCUGCACACUCUGGUCUCCAGACAAGAACAGCUGAUCAGCAAGACGAAAGAGCGAUCUGCAGAGCUCCAAACUCUCGUCAGCUCAGAGUUUAAGAAAAUGUAUGCGUUUCUGCGGAAGAAAGAAAAAGACCUUCAGGACAAAGUUAAGAACGAUGAAGAAGAGGCUUUACAGAAGAUGAACCAGAAUUUGAACAACAUUCAAGAAGCUAAAGCAGAGAACAAAAAGAUUACAGAUACUUUAACCCAAAUAUUAAAAAUGACAGACACUGAGCCAUUGCUGAAGAUGUGGUCUGAAGAUGGCGAAGCCAAGGCAGCUAAAGCUUCUUUUCAACCCAAAAAUAAUAAGUUCCGUGUGGAGGAGCCAGAGCUGCACCUGGGGCCAUACGAGAGCCACCUGCAGAUGUUUGUGUGGAAGGAGAUGAUUCAGGUGUUGCCCAACUCCACUCAAAGCACCAACACGUUCACAGAGCAGCAUUACUGGGAGGUUUAUGUGGGUGUACAGAGUGACUGGGAGCUGGGUUUACCUGACACGUACCUAAAAAACGGCUCUGGUCAGUUUCAGGUUCUCGCCUCAGGACGCUCCACUUCUCUGGAAGUUAAGACCAAACCUCAGAAAGUUGGUUUGUACCUGAACUGUCUGAAAAAAGAGUUGUCAUUCUACAACGCAGACACCAUGGAGCUCAUGCACACGGCAACGUUCUCCAGCAGCCUCCCAGUGUGUGUCCACUUUAGUUUGGGAAAACGGCGCCACAAUCCUCUGGUGAUCUAUAAGUACUAA